AUGACAGAACCAGCACCAGGUUACAGCAAAAUUAACUGGCUCUAUGAGAUGUACUAUGGGUUUAGACCCAAUCAACCCAAGUUCCUGCCAAAGGACUAUCCUGACCUUACCGGCAAGACAGCCAUUGUUACUGGAUCUAAUACUGGUAUUGGUGCUUCCGUAGUUCAGCUGCUGUACGAGAAGAACUGUGAUGUUAUCUCAGUGGUAAGAAAUGAACAAAAAGGGUUAGCUGCUAAGGAAAAUACUUUAAAGGAAUUACCAAAUUCUAAAGGUUCUAUCACCGUUGUUGGUGGAUGUGAUUUCCUUGAUUUGAAUAACGUCAAGCCAACAGCUCACAAGGUUAUCGAAAUCUUAAACGGGAGACCAUUAAGCAUUAUUAUUCAUAAUGCAGGUCUUAUGGCACCUGUCAACACUGGUACUUCUGUUCAAGGUUACGAAGCAAUGUUCUCUACCAAUGUAAUGGGUCCUCAGUUAUUGCAACAUUUCCUUGAUCCUGUAUUUUUGAAAAAAGAUGACCCUUUGAAAAGAAUUGUUUGGGUCAGUUCUUGUGCUCAUCUAAUGGGAUUCAAAGAAUACGGUAUAAAUUGGGAAAACCCAACAUUCGAAGGUGUCCCCAUCAAACAAAGACCUCGUAAUAUGACUUUGUAUGGUCAGACAAAGGCUGCCAAUUUGUUGCAAUCUCACGCUUGGGCACUAAAGCACGCUGAAGCUGUGGAAAAGAUUGGUGCAGUUUCAGUGGCUUGUUUCCCUGGUAAUUUGAGGACCGAAUUGACCAGAGAUUGGGGUUUCAUUAAUACAAUUGCUCCUUAUUUCUUGGGUACAUCCCUUCAAGGUGCUUACUCUGAACUAUACGCUGCCUUGUCCCCUGAUUUGACCACCAAGGAUCAUGGUGCUUACGUUGUUCCCUACGGCGAAGUUCACAACCCAAGAGAAGACAUUACUGCUGCUUACAAGAACGGCUCUGACGCUAAACUGUACCAAAUGGUUGAAAACUGGAUCUCUAAGUAUUUCUAA